UGUCUACGCCUCUGAAUGUCCCUAUAUAUACGUCUCGUACAACACCAUCCUGUUCAGACUCACCUGACAUCGUGUGUAUAUUGUCACUACGUCCAUUGUUCUACCAACUUCGAGUCAUUAACACACCUUGAUUGUGAUAUUCUCAUAACAGCAACGAUGUUCUUAACUAUCGUCGUCCUGGCAUCUCUGAUGGUUCUUCCCCAAACGGAAGCUGGUUGCUGGGAGACCUGGAGCAGAUGCUCUGGCUGGAGCUCCUGGGGAACGGGAACCCUUUGGAAGUCCUGCAAUGACCGGUGUAAAGAGCUUGGCAAGUCCGGUGGAAAAUGUGUUCUGAAGGAUGCUUCAGACUGUUGGAUAACAGACAAGGCCUACCAAUGUGUUUGCAACUAGCGGAAGUAAAACGGAUCCGUUUUGAUAAUAGUAUGGACCGGAGUGUCCAAACUUGUAUUCAGUUGUAAGGCAAAUCUGCCCUUGUGCUUUGUCUGUUAACUAGCCUAACACAAGAUACCUGGCAUUUAGUGUCGAAAACCCUUCUUUUACAUAAGAAUGUAAAGUUAGUAAAUAAAACAAAUACAUACAUUUGA